AUGGGAUGUGAGCAAAAAAUAAUAAAGGUUCUAAUUAAAAGGUCAUUAUGUAAAAGUUUUACUCGGCAUGCUUCUCUACCGCUGGCACUACUUUAUGAUCUGGUGGUAAUGAUUAAUUCUAUUCGUUUAUCAGAUACAUAGUCAGGAUAAUAAAAACACCAAGUUAAAUGGUUAAAUCAACUAAAUUAAUUCAUGCUUUUUUUCUCUGAUAAUACAAUAUUGGCAUGUAGUAGUUUUGGAAGUUUUCAGUCUAUGGGAUUUGAAAACAGGAUAAUAAUAAGCUAAUUAGAUGGCCAAACUAAUCAUGUGUAGUCUGUUUCUUUCCUGAUGGUAUUUCAUUAGCAUCUGGUAGUGAUGAUUGCUCUAUUAGUUUAUAAAGAAAAAUUAUGGUCAUUCAAGUUGGAUUUUUUCAGCCAAUUUCUCCCCUGAUGUAUUAUAUUAGCAUCUGGUAGUUGUGAUUAUUCUAUCAGUUAAUAAGAUGUGAAGACAGGAUAAUAAAAAGCCAAAUUUGAUGGUCGUGAAGAUGCAGUUUAUUCAGUUAAUUUCUCUUCUAAUGGGAAUACGUUAGCAUCUGGUGGUUAUGAUACCUCUAUCAGUUUAUGGGAUGUGAAGACAGGAUAAUAGAAAGCGAAAUUGAAUGGUCAUGCUAGUUAUGUCUCGUCAGUCCUUUUCUCUCCUGUUGGUAUUUAAUUAGCAUCUAGUAGUUAUGAUCACUUAUCCAUUUAUAGUAUGUUAAGGCAGGGUAAAUUAUGCUCAAUUGGUCACAUUUUACAAAAUAGUAAUUAUUUUAAUUUUUUUAGCUAAAAUUCUUCAUAAAAAUACUUCAAUUUUGUCAAAAUCUGAUAUUGGAUGCCUAUGGAGCUUUAAUCAUGAAAAGAGAAUUUAUAAACUAUAAAGUAUCACGAUACAUUUUAAUAUAUGCCAUGAUUAUGCCAUCAAAUUGGGAGUAAUAAUUUACAAUUUUGUUUUCAGCUUUUAGUCAGGAGCAUAAACAAAUUUUAUUUAACAAAAUUGUGAAUAAUCUAUAUUCUAAAAUUUACUAAUAAUUCUAAAUCCAUUGAAUGAUAUUUUAAUACAUUUGAAAAAAUACUCAUCAUAAUUGAAUAAUGUCAAACAAAUUGAAAACAUAAAACUUUUAAUAAUGAAAUUUAUAAAAUUUAAAAAUUAUAAGAAAAUGAAAAAGAGAAGAAUUUUUUAUUGUGAAUAUUAAAUAUACAAAAUUAAAUUUGCUUGUGAAAUCAAAAUAUUGAAUAGCUUUAUUUGA